CUUAUAUGAAUCAAUUUGGAAAACAAUAAAUAGUGAGAAUAGUAGAUCGUACAAUUAGCAUAAAAAAGAGCUUUAAAAUGAAUACCCCAAAUUCCUACUUCAAUCCUGAACAGUUUCCCAGUAAAACAAUAUUAAAAUAAUAAUUAUAAGCACUCGGUGGAGUGACGACGCAGAAUUCACUCCUACAUCAUUUCACUGACAGAUCGGCGUGCGAUGGUAAAGUUUGACUGGAAACCAGUCGCUCCAUGCCUGCUUGUGCAGGUUGAAGCCAUUGCCUGGGUUUCCUGUCACAUGAUGCGAAAUAGGAUCCCUAUCUCCCCCCUCCACCCCGCUAUCUCGGGCGUCCGUGCGACUCACAUCUCCGCCGAGGGUCCAGACGCUCACGGCCGGGCGUUUGCGGACACCGCGGCGGCGCGGCUUGACAUUUCAGUCCGUGCGGCUGCCCCAAAGCGAGUCACCUGCGGUCCGUCCCACCCCCCUACGCCCCCCCAUCCUGGUCCUGCCUUAUCCCGAAAGGACGGCGCACACUCCGCAGACCAAAGCCAACCAUGGAUCCUUCGCCGAUCGUUGCGCUUUUCGUGGCUGCCUUUCUAUCCGCGGCGACAUCUGAUGCCUUUCAGACGGAGUGCUACACCGCCAACGGUAAGGACUAUCGGGGACGGCAGAAUCAGACCUUCCUGCAGGGCGGGAAGCCAUGUCUCUACUGGAACGAGACGCUGCAGCACCCCUACAACACCGUCAAGUACCCCAACGGCGAGGGCGGCUUGGGGAAGCACAACUACUGCAGGAACCCAGAUGGUGACGUCAGACCCUGGUGCUACAUUGCAGACCACGAAGACGGAAUCUACUGGAAGUACUGCGAUAUCCCCACCUGCCGCAUGCCCGGAAGCCUUGGCUGCUUUACAGACAGCGGGGAGCCCCCAACACUGACGGGGACCAGCGAGACGUCCAACAAGCUCACCAUCCAGAACUGCAUCAGCUUCUGCCGGAAGCAGAAGUACAAGCUUGCAGGGAUGGAAUCGGGGUACGCCUGUUUCUGCGGCAAUGACCUAGACUACCGUCUGCACGGGGAGGCGGCCAGCUCCGAGUGCAACCACGUGUGCUUCGGGGAUCACACCCAGCCCUGCGGGGGCGACGGCCGUGUCAUCAUCUUCGACACACGUGUGGGGGCCUGUGGGGGUAACUACACCUCCCCCUCCGCCGUGGUGUAUUCCCCAGACUUCCCAGACAACUACAACACAGGCCGGGCCUGCUACUGGACCAUACAGGUGCCGGGCGCCUCGGCCAUCCUGUUCAACUUCACCUUCUUCGAAAUCAUUGACCAAACUGACAUGGUGGAGCUGCUGGAUGGGCACACGAAUCAUGUGGUGGCUCGCUUUGAUGGGCGAAAUCCACCACGCUCCGCGAUCAACAUCACCGCUGACUUUGUCAUCCUCUACUUUUACUCGGACAGAACCAAUCAAGCCCAAGGUUUUGCUGUCCUGUACCAAGCACUGAAGGCCCCAGAGCCCAGGCCUAAGGAGGAAGACAAGGGCGUGGGGGGGGAGGCGAGCCUGCCGGCUAGCACAGCCGAGCCCUCACUGGAGAGUGUCACAGGGAAGUCCAAUGACAGCACUGCUGGCCAGUCUUCCCAGAUUCUGUAUGUGAUAACAUCUAGCCCAACCAUGCCUGACCACAACAUGCCAGUGUGGACCAUCUACGCUCUGGCUGCCCUUCUGACUCUGACGGUCAUAGCCAUGAUUGCAAAAUUACUCCUUCACAUCACUGUCAAAUCUCCAACCAUACCUUCCAUCAGCAGCUCUGAGGCCUGCAGCCAGAAUGAGCCCUGGAUCAUCUUCUACCGGCCGUCCACCAUAUCUUUCUUCAAGAAGAAGCUGAAGAAUCACCACGGUGACCUCAGUCCCCUGGUGGGGAACUAGGGAAGGGGCAAACCGACCUGCAGUCUACCCCCAACCCAGGCUUCUGCGGUCUCUGGACCAAGUCUUUCGGGAGCUGCUGUGGAGGACACGUAAAAAAUAAAUAAAUUAACCACACAAGGUGACUAAAGACAGAAACCGACCAGCUGGCAGGGGAUGAGGUGACCAGACUUGGCCGAGCGAAGAGGUCAGAGAAGACAACACAUGACCACCAGGACUGCUGGACCUUGGUGCCAUCGCGCUGGACCCCAGACAGUAAUCAGUUGCUAGCUAAGCACAGGUAGUCAUGGCAAGGACAUGGUUUCCCCCCCUGCCAGACAAAUCCCACCCUCAUCCAGAAAUGCUGACCUUUCAGGGCCUCAUCCAUACCCUAGAGCCGGUUCUGGUUGUGAUUUGUUUUAAAGGCUCUUAUUCAAAUGCCCUGGUUGGACAGCUGGGAAUUGACAGGAGGAAAAAAAGCAAUAUCAUACAUGGUGGAACCACUUUAAUAGGAAGGUCGCUAAGGGGGGACCGCCAUGAUGGGAAGGUCGCUAAGGGGGGACCGCCAUGAUGGGAAGGUCACAAAGGGGAACCAACAUGAUAGGAAGGUCACAAAGGGGGACCAUCAUGAUGGGAAGGUCACAAAGGGGAACCACCAUGAUGGGAAGGUCACAAAGGGGAACCGCCAUGAUGGGAAUGUCAGUCUUCUCCAUGUAGGUUACGUCUCAUUACAUGUCCUGCGUGCUCUUUUCCCUGGGUGAUAUUUCUGUUUGGUUUGGGGUUCCUGUGGAAGGAGGAAACUUACAAACUUUCAUCCAGACUGGGGGAAAAAAACCAAAAAAAAGAGACAUUUGCGGGUAAAAGGCAUGAGUCCAUUGGGGCAGUUACCUCAUUUAGGUGAUUCUGAAAUCUGUUCAGACUUCCUUGGGACAGUUUGUUUCCUCCACCUCAGGUGGACUGGGUUUCAAGUGCCUUACAAACUGAGCUACCAGUCUGGAUAUUUCUUUAUUGGGAGUUAUUGUCAUUGAUGCCCUUAAUUUAUUUAAAUUUUAUCUGUGUGACAGUGCUAAUGCUUUGCAAAAGCAUGUAAAUAUUAGAAGAGACCAACAUUAUUGACACUCAAAGCACCAUUUAUCCUUGCUCUUAUGCCAGACAGACUUAGACAUGUAAUAUACUGAAAUGUUGCUUUUUUACUAAAGAUGCAGUGUUGAUACAUGUGACAGUAUGCAGAUUAGCUUCCUGGACUCAUAAAUUGGGCAGUGGUGCUGGCCUGAUAUUUGGGUAUCUGACCUGGUUGCCUAACGGCUGGGAGGUUCUCUAAGGAGAUAUCCGUUGUACCCUUAGGCAAAAUUACUUCAGCACAUAUUUGGCCAUAUAAAUAAAUAAGCACAUCUACCAAGCAAACAUGGUUAUUUAUUUAAUGAUAAUGCAAUAAGACUAUUAUGCACCAGGCUCUGGUGCUUGAAAACACAUGCAUUCCAAAAUGACCAGUCUGAGAUCUACUGCUCACAUCUCUAACAGACUAAAGGAGCUUCCUGUUCAGAAGUAACUAGCAGUACCUCUAAAUGUUGCAGCUCAUUCUGUCUAACGACAACCUGAUUUUCCUGAUUUCACGGAACACCAGACACACACACCUCCCUGAAUUGUUCCCGAAUUUCAGGGACGAGCUCAGAAGCCUUCACGCUGAAAGCGUUAAAGUUAAAAAACCGUGCAGAUAAGAGACGUUUGUUAAACAGUGCAUAUCGCGAUUGUUUUUUUAUUUUUAAUAUAUGUUUGUAAGUAUGGGUAUUUAAAACACUGUUUUUCAUGGUCCGUGGCGGCGUCAUGCAUCCAUAAUACAUUUAUGCAUACUUAAUGCAUCCAUAAAUUCCAUCAGAAAUGUCUGAAGCCCUAAUUUAUUGCUCAGUGUGGGAGGUAACCGCUUCAGGAUGCAGUAAAACAACCCGGUCUCACUUAUCAGGUGAAAGCAUUUGUACUGAGUGUCUUCGCCUGUAAUAAAGGCUUUAGUCGGCCGGCUACUCAAAGACCAAAAUAUAGACGCACUUAAUUUGACCUCACAAAAUCUGAUUGCUGUACGAUUUGCGUACUGAUAGGAUCGGUAAAUCCUGCAUGGGCUGGAGAUAAUACUGCGGAAAAAUUGUUUUGCCCAGUAGGAGAGUCUGCCUGAGCUCUUAGCUUUCAUAGCAAUAUACAAUAUAUUUCUGGUUCGUUACUUUUAAUCCAGAUGAUUUCUUUCUAUCUACGAGUCUGUGUGAUUGAGAUACUGUUUUAUUAUCAGAGUUGUAAUUACGUCAAUUAUUUCAAGACUGAAAAUGUUGUGAUUCUAGACAUAAGUAGAAUGACUAUUUUGGAUUUUCAAGCAAGACAGAUGGAAAGCCGCUCAUUCAUAAUAAAUAUUCAUUUUUUUUAAUGAGAUUUUAAAAAGUUUCAAAUUCAGGAAAAAAAGAUCAAGGUAUAGAUUAAGGGGAAAAUACAUAGUAAAAUAUUGUUUUCGUAAAAUUGUAUAUAAAAUAGAAUUUUUUAAUUUAUGCAGUAAAUUAUUAUUUUGGAUGUGAAUGGGAUAUAAUCUAUCUUUUAUAUAAGUGAAGUACAUUUGUAGUUUUAUUUAAAGUGCUCUAAAUGUAAAAUAAACACGCAUGUUUCUUAUGUCUA